AUGGCUGGGAAAGUCGUCAACUGUGACCCUACCUGCGGCUCCAUCUACGCCUUCACCAAGCCUUUCUUCGAGGAUGCCAUCUGCUAUGAAGACAAGCUCGGCAGUGGCAAGUGGAAGACUAGCUUCAUCGACCCAAAGGCCGGCAUUUCAAAACUUAAAAAGACCGACAUCGCCAUCUUCAAGGUCAAGUAA